GUUGACUCUGUUUGCGUUCAAAGGCGAUAGCUAAGAUAUUUUCUGAUCAUGUUGAAGCUGUUGUUCCUGAUACUCGCUGCACUACUCGCUCUGGUUGCGGCAGUGCCAGCUCCAGUCGCAGGACCGAAGCCCGAUCCAAGCCCGCAAUUCAUUUAUUCCGCAGGCUAUCCGGCCGUGGCCUAUGCAUCUCCUUAUGUUUACUAUGGUUAAAAUGACUUCUAAGUGAUGACAAUAAAGUUUCUUCAGCAUUUAAGAA